AUGUUAGCGGUGGGUCAGAUGGACGGGUCCCGACAGAGCGCCUUCCUCCUCAGCACCCCUCCUUUGGCAGCUCUGCACAGCAUGACCGAGAUGAAGACCCCGCUGUAUCCCGCGUACCCGCUCUCCUCCACCGGCCCCAACUCUUCUACCUCACCGGCCACCACCUCUCCCAACCCGGGCGGCAUGGCCGUGUCCUCCCCGGGGAUCAAAAGCUCCACGGGGCUGUCGUCGGGGCUCGGCUCCCCGCAGCAGUGCUCCUCCGCCACCCCUCACGGAAUUAACGACAUCCUCAACCGGCCCUCCGUCUCCUCUGCCGGCGCCACAGUCGCCGUGGCCGCCGCCGCCGCCUCGUCCUCGGCGGGGAUUCUGUCAGGGCUGCCCCGGUUCAGCAGCCUCAGUCCUCCGCCGCCUCCCGGACUUUACUUCACCCCCAGCGCCGCGGCGGUCGCGGUGGCCCGGUACCCGAAGCCCUUGGCGGACCUUCCGGGCAGGACGCCGAUCUUCUGGCCCGGAGUUAUGCAGAGCCCGCACUGGAGGGACGCCCGGUUUGCGUGUUCACCCCAUCAGAACUCCGUGUUACUGGACAAAGACGGGAAAAGAAAACACACGCGACCCACGUUUUCUGGACAACAGAUUUUUGCGCUGGAAAAAACUUUUGAACAGACUAAAUAUCUGGCGGGGCCGGAGAGAGCGCGGCUGGCCUACUCCCUGGGAAUGACGGAGAGCCAGGUCAAGGUGUGGUUUCAGAACAGAAGAACUAAGUGGAGGAAAAAGCACGCGGCGGAAAUGGCCUCGGCUAAAAAGAAGCAGGACUCGGAGACCGAGCGGCUGAAGGGGACAUCGGACAACGAGGACGAAGACGACGACUACAACAAACCUCUGGACCCGAACUCGGACGACGAGAAGAUCACACAGCUGCUGAAGAAACACAAACCGGGCUCGGCUCUGCUGCUCCACACGUCGGAGAACGACAGCUCCUAACCGCCCCGCGGCGGGACCGGGCUCCCGGACUCGGUCGCACCCGAAGCUUCGCUUCGUUUUCCCGCUGAUUCUUUUCGUUUUGUUGUCUCGGUGGUGGAGGAGGACUCCUGCCCGCGCGGCGCGAGGACACCGCAGAGGACACGUCAGGCCAAAUCACGGACCGGGCCCGCAGAGACGGUACCGAGCCUGUAAAUAGAACCGUGAGUCGCGCGAACAGAGACGAUCCUGCUGUGAAUAAUUUAAAUGUGAGGACAGGAUUUUACAGACUGCUCAGAUCAGCUGAUUUCAUUUUGUAUUUCAGUGACAAUUUAUUCCACUAAAUACCCACGAGCCCUGCUGCGGGUCCGUGAAGGCCUCCUGACUCAUCAGUCUCAAAUUAGGAGGAGAUCCUGAACGCACCACACGCACCUGUACAUACAUGAGAAAAAUCUGCUCCCACGUUUCUAAUUUAUCUGUUUGAGUUGUGAGUGACGCCUGCAGCUGUGUAUCAUGGCAGGUGAAUG